ACCAUUCAAUUCACACCACCACAUUCUCUACUCUACAACUCUCCCUCAAUUGGCAUCCAAUUCCUCCAGCGCAAUGCCAUCCGCGCUGCACCCCCCGCGGGUCCUCCUCCAUCCCCCCCAAUUCACCACCGCCAUCGCGUCUCGCCUCAUCCACCAACAUCCUCACCACCACAACUACACCCUCCUCUCUGUACGCCCCUACGCCUCGCACUCCAAAUCAAAAUCCAACAGCAAAUCCCACACACGCCCUUCCUCCGCCGCACAACCCACUACCGCCACCACCACCACAACAACCUCCACAGCAAUCCUCACCUCUCUAAACCCACCCCCAAGCACCCGACCCGCCUCACUCGCUCUCCCUCCGCCGCCAGAAGACCCAAACACUCCCCUCCCCCCAUCCGCCAAACUAAAACGCUACAUCACCAUCGGCCGCGCAUACCUGACCUUCUACAAAACCGGUCUAAAAAACGUUUACCACAACUACCGCGCCGCGAUUCCUCUCCGCCGGACCUUGAACCUAUCACCAUAUGUCCCGAGCUCUAUACCACCACCAUCUACCACCAAGGAUGCUAUCCCAUUCUACCAGACUCUACAGACUCACUCCCUCCACCGCUCCCACUUCCAACUCCUCCGCCGCUCCGCGCAUGACAUCCGUCGCAUGAUCCCCUUCUCACUCAUCCUGAUCAUUUGCGGGGAACUCACCCCGCUGGCUGUGCUCGCUCUCGGCAACGCCAUCACGCCCCUAACGUGUCGGAUUCCGCGACAGCUAGAGAAGGAGCGGGAGAAGCGGGCGCGGGCGAAACGCGAUGCGUUGGUUUCCCCGGGAACAGUGACGCCGCCGGAGACGGGGUCUAAGGACGAGAUGAGUGUGUUGAAGCGCAUGGUUGAUAGGAAGUGGAUUGAAGGUGCUGAGGCCGGGGAGGUGCUGCGGGCUUGUGCGGCGUUGGGAUUGGCUAGGUCGUAUGAGAGACCCGCGUGGUUGGUCGGGGUGGUGUAUCGGGGCAGGUUGAGACGCUAUGCGGAAUAUUUAGAGUGUGAUGAUGAGUUGAUUCGACGGGGUGGGGGGGUGGCUGAGAUGGAGGGGGAGGAGGUGCGCAUUGCGGUGGAGGAGAGGGGGGGUGUGGGUGUUGGAGUUGGAGGUGUGAGAGAGGGAUGGGAGGCGGAGAGGGAGGAGAGGAGGUGGUUGGAGAGGUGGAUUGCUCAGUAACUAGCAAUACUAGGGUUGGAUGUAUACUACCCCUCUGUAUACUUACUGCUUAUGUGUAUCAUAUGGAUAGAUGGGGAUGGACUGCAUGCAUAUAUGUACAUUAAUCAAAUCAAGAUAGUAACCAUGUAUGGAUCACUUUUGACUCGUCAAUUUGCGCCCACAGGCUAAAAGGGCUUGCCGGCAUAUCACCGAUAAAUCCCGGUCACUAGAUAUACUAAAUAGCAUAUAAGAAGAGCUAAUAUACACUGUACAGGUCAUCUCCGAUCAAGUCCUCAGAAUCCUCCCCGACGCCGCCAUCCGUCCAUUCAUCCAUCGUGACUCGUCACGCCAUUCCCUAUGGCCCCCAAUCCAGCAAGCACCCCCACAAGGUAUCAUCAUAUCAUAUAUCCUGAAAUGCUCAAUAUACUUCAAAUCACAUUCAAGUCAGACAGCCACACACUAAAACGUAGAAAGCCACCCGUAUCCCACAGAGAUAUAAUCCAAAAAAAAAA